AUGGAUGGGAACAAGGACGAGGCGUUGAAGUGCUUCAGAAUCGGCAAGGAAGCCGUGGAGGCCGGCGAUCGGGUCCGGGCCCUUAAGUUUCUUUCCAAGGCUCGACGUCUUGACCCUUCCCUCGCAGUCGACGAUCUCCUAUCAAAGAUUCAUGGUGCAGAUUCUGAUGAGCAUCCUACGGCUUCAGAUUCUAGCAGUCACGGUGGAGGCCAUCCCGAUGUGUCGAGCAGAUCGGAUAUAGGAUCGUCGUCUUCAUCAGCUGCACGUUCUAAAAGUGGUGUUUCCCCCAACGGGUCAUCGUCGAGGGAAUACAGCGAAGAACAGGUCAGUAUUAUCAGGCAGAUAAAGAGGCAGAAGGAUUAUUAUCAGAUACUUGGGUUAGAGCGAGAUUGCACGGUGGAAGACGUCAGGAAGGCCUAUAGGAAACUAUCCUUGAAGGUCCACCCAGACAAGAACAAAGCACCUGGCGCAGAGGAGGCCUUCAAGGCAGUGUCCAAAGCCUUCCAAUGUCUUAGCAAUGAGGGGAAGAGGAGAGCGUAUGAUGUUAGUGGGUCUGAGGAAGAACCCACUUACAUCAGGAAUGCAGCAAGACGAGACAUGAAUGGAUUCGGAGGGCAUUACGAUGCUGAUUUUGAUGCCGAUGAGAUCUUCAGGAAUUUCUUCUUUGGCGGAAUGCAGCAAACACCGACUCCCUUUGGUACCUUCAGGUUUAGAACCGGUGGCAGGGGAGGGCCCGCCUAUAAUGAUAUGCAAGGGUCUGCUGGUUUUAACACCCGCACACUGAUUCAAUUAUUGCCUGUGAUACUUCUGCUUCUCUUGAACUUCCUCCCAUCCUCUGAGCCACCUUAUGUGCUUUCACGGGUUUAUCCUUAUGAUCAACGCCUAGAGACAGGGAAGGGUGUGCCAUACUAUGUCAAGCCAGGGAAAUUUGAGCGAGAAUAUCCUGACCGGAGUGCUAAUAGGAUGGAGCUUGAGGAGCGAAUAGAGCGAGACUAUGUUGAGAUUGUUUCGCAUCAUUGUCGGAAUGAGUUGCAGCAGCAACGGUGGGGAUUUACAAAUAAGACUCCACACUGUGACAUGCUUCGGAGGUAUGAGGCUGCAGCAACAGCGACAGCGACAGCAUGA